CAGCUCAUUUCUUGCAGAGACUUCGUGCCGUAAAGAUCGAGCUGGGAAAAAAAAACAAAGAAUCAAAAGGGCUCUUUAAAAAAAAAAGAAAGUAAAUCGAAAACCGAAACUGCGUGCUUGACCACAUUUUUUUUACUGUGCAAAGUGCAGUUCCCUUGUCAUCAAAACCAGAAGCCAAAAGAAAUACAAUAUUUAUCGGUAACGCGUACGGUGCGGCAAAGUGCAAGUGCAAGAGACGCUAAAAGAGCGAUUUUCGUAGAGCAACUCUUUUAGCUGCUUAACACCAGCUACUAACUAACAAGUAUCAUAAAGUAGUAAGGAAGAAAGAAAGUUCCAACGCUAACAUCAACAAGAUGACGACCAAAAUGGCAAUUAAUGCUAAGGAUAUUUUCCGCAACCAGCACCGCCUGAUUCGCUUCAUCGCCCACUCCAUUCGGCAGUGCAGCAACCAGUCCCUGAAGGCCGCCCAAGCUGCCCAGCAGCAGCAGCAACAAAAGUCAUCGGCUGACUUCCAGAUCACCGCAUCGGUGGAUGCCCAAUAUACCAGUGCACCGGAGCCCAUUAAGCAUGACAAGAAUCUGGGUCAUCAGUUCCGUGCCUCUCAACUGUCGGUUCGUUUGGCCGCCCCAGAGCAGCUGCAGCCCAAGCCGGAUAACGAUGAGGAGCUGGGCUUUGGACGUCUUUUCACCGAUCAUAUGCUUAAGAUCUACUACCACAAGAGUUUGGGUGGCUGGCAGAAACCAGAGAUUACGCCACUGGAAAACCUGGUCAUGCAUCCUGCCGCCAAGGUCCUUCACUACGCUGUUGAGCUUUUUGAGGGCAUGAAGGCAUACCGCGGCGUUGAUGGCAAGAUCCGCAUCUUCCGACCGGACAUGAACAUGAACCGCAUGAACCUAGCUGCCCAGCGAUCCGGUUUGCCCACCUUCGAGGGCAAGGAGUUCGUCCAGUGCUUGUCCCGCCUUUUGUCCAUCGAUUCCGAGUGGGUUCCCCACACGGACACCGCCAGCUUGUACAUCCGCCCCACACUGAUCGGCAUUGAUCCCACGUUGGGAGUUGCCUCUUCGGACUCGGCCCUGCUCUACACGAUCCUCAGUCCAGUGGGCAGCUACUUCAAGACAGGCUCCUCCGGUGCCGUUUCACUGCUGGCCGAUCCUAGCUAUGUCCGUGCCUGGCCAGGCGGCGUUGGCAAUCGUAAGAUGGGCUCCAACUAUGCACCCACGAUCAAUGUACAAAAAGAGGCGGCAGCCAGGGGACUGCAGCAGGUGUUGUGGCUAUAUGGCGAGGAUCACCAGCUUACAGAAGUGGGCACCAUGAACAUCUUCAUGUUCUACGUGAACGAUCAAGGAGAACAAGAACUGGUUACACCUCCGCUGAGUGGUCUGAUCCUGCCCGGAAUUACCCGCGACUCCAUCCUGCGCAUGACCCGCCAAUGGGGCAAGUUCAAGGUUAGCGAGGCUAACAUCACCAUGCCCAUGGUCUGUGAGCUCCUCAACCAGGGAAGGCUAUUGGAACUCUUUGGAGCGGGAACGGCGUGCGUGGUCAGUCCUGUAAACAGGAUCAAUUACCUUGGACAGGAUCUGUAUAUACCCACCAUGGAGCAGGAGAAACCCGUUCACGAACUGAUCCGCGAGACACUUACCGACAUUCAGUACGGUCGCGUGGAUCAUCCGUGGUCGAUGGUGAUCGACUAAGUACCCAAUCGAUCCUAACCAGAAACUCUAUCCACCCACAUCUGUAAUCCCUUAGCCCCCCAUCCCUUCCCCGUACCGUGUAUUAGUAGGAUUUAGUUGCCAAGUGUUUUGUGGGUUGCCAAUGUGCUCGAAUUUGUUUCGUUUAUUGUGCAUUUAACUAUAUGCAUGCAUAUACCGAUUUAUAUAUAUAUCUUUAUAUAUAAUAUAGUAGGAUAAGUCGAGGGCCGAUCCGUUUAAGUUGCAUUUAAAUGUAUAUUUAUUUUAUAUUUAUUUAUGUGAGGAAUUCGAAUUGUACAUAAUUCCAACUGGUUCAAUGUUAUUUAUAAUUUCCCCUUAAUAUUUUUUUAAAAUUUAGUUAUGUUUUUUUUUUUUUUAUAUUGUUUUUGUAAAGCUAUGAAUCGUCUUUUUGCGCUUUUACUUCCAAGCAGCAUCGAAAGCAAAGCAAAAUUACCAACUACAAAUUUUAGAUUAGGAAAGAAAGAAAAAAGAUCGAGGAGAUGAAUUCCGGAAGAAUGGAAUUUUUGGAAUAUGUUGAAAACGUACCGGAGGCGAAAUGCAUUUAUUAGUGAGUAAGUGAUCGAAGCGUUCUUGGAGGUAAAAGCGGCACGAGAGGCACGAGUGCAGUGCCGAGCUGUGACUAAAGCUAAUCUGAACCUGAACCCGUCAGUAGAACCUAGGCCUAGGCUGUAGAUCCUAAACCGAAUCAAGCUGUAUACUAUACCUAUAACCUAGAUGUUAAGCGAAUCAUGAGAUGAAUAAACGAUGAUAAAAAUCAAACUUAAA